AUGAAAAAGCUCUAUUUUAAGUUUUCAUUAUGGGCAUUUCUCGUUAUAAUUUUCCUGCAAAUGAAUGGAUCCAGAGCUUGCCUGGAAAAAGAGAGGAUAGGUUUGCUGGAGUUUAAGGCUUUCAUGAAAUCAAACUGUGAGGUUGAUGACAAUCUUGAUUCAUGGGUUGAAGAUGGAACCAGUGACUGUUGUGAUUGGGAUAGAGUCACGUGCAGCUCCACCUCUCGUCGUGUCGUUGAUCUCUCUCUCUCUAUUGUAGCAAAGCAUUCAUCUCUUGGAAUUACUUGCAGUUUAAAUCUCUCCAUGUUUUAUCCUUUUGAAGAACUGCUCAGUCUUGAUUUUUCUAAUAAUUGGUUUAAUGGUUGGAUUGACAAAGCAGGUUUUGAUAGAUUAUCAAGUCUGAAAAAACUAAAAGUUGUAGAUCUUGGUGAAAACGCCUUUAAUACAAGUAGUUUAUCAUCUUUGAGUUGUCUUGUAUCACUCAAGAUUUUGAUUCUCAGAGGCAACAACAUGGAUGGUCGGCUCUCAUUCAUGGAAUUAGCUGAUCUAAAAAACUUGGAAACCUUGGACUUAAGUUACAAUGAAUUGGAGAGCCUCUCAAUGGAAGGAUUAUGUGGAUUGAAAAGACUCACUGAGUUGGAUCUCAAAAAUAAUAAAUUCUCAGGCCCACUUCCUCAAUGUCUUGGAAACAUAAGCAACCUCCAGUAUCUUGAUCUCUCAUCAAAUCAGUUCACUGGCAACAUGGAAUCCAUCCUUUCUAAACUUACGUCCCUCGAGUGUUUAGUUCUCUCUGGAAAUAACUUUGAAGGCUUAUUCUCAUUUAGUGCUUUGGCUAACCACUCCAAGCUUGAGAUAUUUGAACUUUCUUCAGGAAGUAGUAAGCUUGAAGUGGACACACAGAAUCCUACAUGGUUUCCUACGUUUCAACUGAAGCUGUUUCACUUGUCAAACUGCCACUUAAAUGUCCAAACUAGAACAGUUCCUAGUUUUCUUCUCUAUCAGCAUGACAUGAACUUCAUUGAUCUCUCUCAUAAUAAGCUGACUGGAGCAUUCCCCAGUUGGAUCUUGCAGAAUAACUCAAAGUUACAAGUUAUGAAUUUGAUGAACAACUCAUUCGCAGGAUCAUUUCAGCUGCCAAAUUUCAAUCAUCGAGAUUUGGUUAAGUUAGAAAUUUCAAGCAACAACAUCACAGGUCAACUCCCUAAGGAAUUUGGUUUGGUUCUCUCAAAUCUAUGCUAUAUAAACAUGUCAAGGAAUAGUUUUCAUGGAAACGUUCCAUCUUCAGUUGGUGAGAUAAGACAACUACGUUACAUGGAUUUGUCCUAUAAUAAUUUCUCAGGAGUGUUGCCUGGAAGUAUACUUGGGAAUGGUACCGAUUUGUAUUAUUUGUAUCUAUCAAACAACAACUUCAAUGCCAUAGGAGGAGAGUCGUCGAGCAUCAGAGCCGAACUAUUUGUUUUGGACAUGUCAAAUAACAAACUAUCAGAUACAAUUCCACUACAGCUAUGUAAUAUGGUAAGUCUUAGAAUUUUAGACCUGUCAGAAAAUAGGUUGCAUGGGUCUCUGCCUUCUUGUUUCAAUUCUCCAUGGCUGCAAUUUCUAUUUCUACAAAAGAAUAGUCUAAGUGGCUCCAUCCCGUACGUGCUUUCCACAAGUCCUAGCUUAGUGGCACUUGACCUGAGGGAUAACAAGUUUACUGGGAACAUUCCAACUUGGAUCGAUCAGCUUUCAGAAUUGCGUGUGCUUUCAUUGGGAGGGAAUCCAUUAGGAGGUCAUCUUCCUGAGCAGCUCUGUGAAUUGAGAAAUGUGAGCAUAUUGGAUCUUUCACGUAACUUGCUUUCUGGUUCCAUACCUUCAUGCUUUAAUAAUAUCUCAUUUGGGAAUGUGAGAGAACAUAAUAAUUUUGAGUACACACCUAAAAGCUUGGGGGACUUCUUGCCUUUUACCUCUUAUUAUUCUCUAUACGAUGGCACUCUUGAAUUUGAGGUGGAAGAGUUGUUUCAUAUGUCUUCUUCAAAAGAAGUAGAAGUGGAAUUUGCAAUGAAGUAUAAAUACAAUCCCUACAAGGGUGACAUCGUCAACUUACUGGCAGGUAUUGAUUUAUCAUGCAACGAGUUAAAUGGGAGUAUCCCUUCAGAAUUUGGAGACCUCCAUGAAAUUCUAUCGUUGAACUUGUCUCAAAAUCACCUAUCAGGGUAUAUUCCAAUCAGUUUUUCAAAUUUAGAGAGCUUGGAAAGCUUGGAUCUUAGCUUCAACAAGUUGAGCGGUGAAAUCCCCAGCCAACUAGUUGCCCUGAGUUUUUUGGAAACUUUUAAUGUUUCAUACAACAAUUUGUCAGGUAGAAUCCCUGAUGAAGGCCAAUUUGGGACCUUCGAUGAAAGCAGUUACAGAGGUAACCCUGGUCUUUGUGGACCAAUAGUUAACAGGGGCUGUGAUGCUGCUGAAGUUCCACCAACGCCGCCAUCAAAUGAUAAGGAAGAAGAAGAAGAAGAAGGUGGUGUUGACAUGGCGUGGUUUAACUGGAGUUUCAAUGCAUCAUAUGUCACAAUCAUAUUCGUGUUGAUGGUAACCCUCAGAAUCAACAGAGAAUGGCGCAUGUUAUGGUUUUAUUGGGUUGAUGUUUGUAUUUAUUAUAUUUCCAUUCAGCUUUUUGGAACUGAUCGUCUAUGCUUGUAGGCUGAUGCUUGUGGAGGAUUACACUAUGCUAUAAGGGCCAAAAUUUUCUCAGCAUUAGGCAUUGGCCUUUCUUUAUCACCAACUCUUGUGAUAAAUCAAUUUUCCAUUAUGUUUUGAAUGCCAUAAACAGGUGA